AUGAAGCUGUCUAAAGGCAUCAUUCUCCUUUUUCUGGGAUUGUUUUUUAAGGUUGCUGUGGCAGAGAGUUUCACACAGGUGUACUGGUUAGAGCUUGAGAUCGAGUCAUCGUUGUAUGACUACGUUGUUGAGCUUCUGAAGGAGCAGAAACAAAUAGACAUUAUUAAUGCAACUGUAACAGACAUCAAAAACACAACAGAUUGCACACUGAAGGAGACGAAUAAGAUUUGUUCAUGCAUGCCGGGAUACAACUGGAGAGAGGACAUGUGCCAAAAUUAUGACUGUUGCAAUAACAGCUGCACGCUAAAACUUAAUGACAUUGCUGUAUGUCUGCCUGAAAAAAGAGGCCUCAUCACUAUUAAAGGUCCUCAGAAGGCAAUUGACAUUGGCUCCUCUGCAGAUAUAACUUGUACUCCACCAGAUAUUCUGGGAGAGGUAAAGUGGUUCUUAACAGAUGUGAAGAACAAAACAACAGAGAUCACAGAAGGAAAAGAGGCCGCCUUGACUAAGGCCGCCUCGACUAAGACCAACUUGCCUGAGACGAACAUUGUUAAACUAAAAGAUAUUUCAGGAAGCUGGAAAGAAAGCAAUGGGAAUUAUUUAUCUUACAAAUUAAAGGGGACCAUACACUGUGUACAGAAAAAAGAGGCAGAGACUGUCACGUGUACAUUCACAAACACCAAAGCCGAAAAAAACAGAAUCAGAUCUCAGACUGUGGAGAUUCCCAUUAUUAAUGCCAAUUCGAAAUUCUGUGAAGGAGAAGGUGUGUGGCCCAUCACAAAAAACGAUUAUACGGCCAAACUGUCUUGUACGUACAAUGCUGUUGGUCUGACAAGCAGAAAUUGCUCUAACCAAAAAUGGGGAACGGAAAUCUCUUCUUGUGUGAUUACUGACCUACAUGAUGUUCAACUGGCUGUAGAGAUAUUAGAUAAAGGUAUUGGCUUUAUCAAGGACGAUGCUUACCACCUUUUCAGACAAAUACAGCUUUCAACCAUUAAGGAGACGUUCAACUCAUUUUCAAAUAUUGAUACAACUGUAGUCAUUUUCCAAGCCAUGAACAGUGUUUCUAAACAGCAGUCGAAUCAAUGGAAUGAUACCAUCAUGCCUGACUUUGUAAGCUCCUUAAGCAACAGUUUGAAUGACACACGUGCCUGGAAAAAUCCUGAAACUAAAAACACAAGUUUAUCUGUACCAUUUCUACAGACUAUUGAGGAAAUGAUGCACAAUUCAAAUCUGAACUCGAAUAAUUCUCUUAUUUAUAAUAAUGUUAAACUGGUUCUCUGUAGUAAGGCCAAAGGGGAACAUUGCGGGGGCUUUAAUUCCACCGUCAGCACAGACGAUAGUGCUGUUGUCAUUGGAUACCAGAAUAUUCAUGAAAUUUUACCACAGUAUGAUGGAAGACGCUUAGAGACCAACAUCUUGUCAGUUAUUGUAAAUAAUACCAAUAACAAUCAUUCCAACCGUGUUGAAAUGAAGUUCGAUUACGCUGAAAAAAGAGAAAGGAAUCAUGUAAUGUAUUGUGUUUUCUGGGAUGUAAAUAAGACUAUGUGGUCUUCAGAGGGGUGUAAAUGGGGUGGUGCGUCAAAUCCAAAGUUGUGCACAUGUGAACACAAUUCUGCAUUCACCAUAAUGAUGUCUCAAGAUGCAGAGACCCUUCCGUAUAUGAAGGAACUGACCUACGCUGGCUUAGGAGUAUCCAUCGUCUCACUUGUUCUGUGUUUAAUCAUUGAGUUUUUGGUGUGGGAUACAGUUGUAAAGUCACACAUCUCACAUUUUCGACACGUGGCCUUAGUCAACAUCUCUUUCUGCUUGCUGUUGGCACACUGUGGAUUCUUAGCAUCGCCCGAUCUGACAGAAAUCCCCUCAAACUGGUGCUCCUUCCUCACAGUAUUCAAACACUUUUUUUUCCUUGCCGUCUUCUUCUGGAUGCUGUGCUUGAGUUUCGUGCUUCUUCACCAACUGAUAUUUGUCUUUGAGCAGCUGAGGAAAAAGGUUUUUUUCGUAUUGUCUAUCACUGUCGGUUACGUAUGCCCUUUAAUAUGUGUGGCAACAACCUUCAUUGCUUUCGAGAACGGUAAAGAAAAUGAAUACUAUUCCAAAGAGACUUGCUGGCUCAUAUAUCGGGGUGUGUUGAAGGGCUCCAUCUUUUCCUUUGUAAUUCCUGCCAUAACUAUUGUGAUUGUAAACUUUUUUACACUUGUUGUGGUGAUUUUGAAGAUAGUAAAUCCUACUUUGUCGGAGUCAAAGGCACGGGACCAAAAGGAUGUUGCCAGGAGUAUGAUUAAGACAAUAGUUUUCCUAAGCCCUGUCCUCGGAAUAACUUGGCUCCUCGGAAUUUUGGUGCUGUACCUUGAUCUUACACAAAAACCUUAUGCCCAAAUUGUGGGCUACACAUUUACACUGUUGAAUUCACUGCAGGGCUUUUUGAUACUGCUGACAAACUGCCUGGGAGAGAAAAAGGUUUGUGAUGCACUUAUGAAGCGUUUCAAAUCCAAGCAAUCAGUGAAGCCUAAAAAUGAUAGCUCAACGAAAGCAACAUCUUCAGUUAUGAUGAAAUAAAGAUUGAACAGAUUAAAGCAUGUGAAUGAUUUAGACGAUUCUAAACAAACUGAAAGAGAUGAAACUCGUUGGAAACAUAAAAAACAUCAUGGAUUAAAUUCUUUCACUUUCAACAGCUA